AUGAAGUUUGGUAAGAGUCUGAGCAAUCAGAUCGAGCAGACACUCCCUGAAUGGCGUGACAAGUUCUUGUCUUACAAAGACCUCAAGAAGCGUCUCAAACUCAUCGCCUCCUCCAAAUCCGGUGAUCGUCCCGCCAAACGUCUCCGACUACUAGACUCCUCCUCCUCCUCCUUCGCUUCCUCCGGCGACAUAAUGUCGAAAGAAGAGAUGAGUUUCGUCCAAUUGCUAGAGGACGAGUUGGAGAAAUUCAAUAAUUUCUUCGUCGAGAAGGAGGAAGAGUAUAUCAUCAGAUUAAAGGAAUUGAGAGAUAGGAUUGAUGAUUCGAAGGAAAGGAAAGAGAUUGUUGAUCUCCACGGAGAGAUGGUUCUCCUCGCGAACUACAGUGCACUCAACUACACAGGAUUAGUUAAGAUACUGAAGAAGUAUGACAAGCGAACCGGUGAUCUCAUGCGUUUGCCUUACAUCCAGAAAGUUCUACAACAACCUUUCUACACUACAGAUUUGUUGUACAAGCUUAUCAAAGAGUCAGAGGCAAUGCUUGAUCGCUGCUUCUUCCACGAAACUCCUUCUGAGGAGGAUGGAACAGAGCAUAAGUUCAUGGAGAGCCUACACAUGAAGAGUACAGUCGCUGCCUUGCGUGUUUUGAAGGAGAUCAGGAGCAAAAGCUCUACGGUGAGUGUCUUCUCGUUGCCGCCGCUUCAGUUAAAUGGAGUUGACGAGACGUGGAAGAAGAUUCCGUUGAUGGAACAAGAAGCCAAAUAGAGAGGGACACAUUAGCUAACAGAUUGUGAAAAGACAAAAAAAAAGAGAAUUAUCAAUGUGCACACACAAAAGAAGAAGGCAAGAGAUACGUUUAAGAUCUUUUCUGGACAUGUUUGGGUCUUUCUUUGAAGUCAUUAGCGGUUG